AUGCAACAAAUAGAAAAUAUUGCUACUCAAUUGCCCUGGUAUAACCAAAGAAUCGCCAAUGGCAAUGAUGUGGCUUCUUUGACUACAUCUACAACUAAUAUAGAAACGACUAGUGAUAGUGAUACUACUAAUGAGGCUAAGUCAAAUCCAGCGUGCAAAAUCGGCUACGUAUUAGCACAGGGGUUUGAUGUUUCUAUAAGGAGAUUUUCGGUUUUAUUUUUUUAUACUAACUUAUUUAUUCCAAAUCAAGUCAAUCCAUAUGCACACGAUAGACGUCAAUCCAAUACCCCAAGAAAUAGGUUUGCUUGGGUAAGACGCUUAAUGCAAGGUCAAAAUAGAACAUCUGCGUCUACAGCUACAGUUGUAGCAGCAAAUAGUCGUACGACAAACUCACAUCAUAGACAUCAACAACGGGCUUCAGGUGCAGCAAGGGUACCCAGAGAUGCUCCCGUUUUUGCUGCUGCUGCUGCUGCUGCUGCUGCGACAACAACAGCAAGAGGGGGAGCACCAGUAGCACAAGGUUAUCAAACAGGCGGCACAGUUGACGAGGAAGAAGAAGGGGAUACAACGCUUCGAUUUCAAGAGGGUGACAUAGUACACCACAUCUCAAAUAGUCAAUUACACGACGAUUACUCCAUGAGCGAUCAAAACACAAACUUUAGUGAGGAUAAUAUCAGUACAACUCCACUCAAGUCGAUCAUAUCUUCACAGUCAACCAGAGAUGCCUCCAUAUUGAGUAUCGCUGAUGUGAACAAUGACCAAACUUCUUCAUUAAAUGCUGCUUUGACUGCUCAAACUUCACUAGCUCCAAGUGCUCCAUCAAUAAAUUAUACCCUUGCUCAUAAUUUGAAUAAUCCAUCACCCACAGCACCCACAGCGGCAACUCCUACUCCUUCCAACUCGGGAAAUACAAUAACAAUUGCAACAACAAUUACUCAAUUCAAUCAUCAAAACGCCCCUGAAAGAGAUAGUGAAUCCAUUGUUACGUUGGCAAGUUCAUCGAGAAGAAAUAGAAGGCGCAGCAUUGACACAAAUUGUAGCACUGCUGGUAUUCCGCCUGCAUCGAUUAUGGAAAGAUUGAGUAUACAACAGACAACAGCAGCAGCCAGCAGUAUUCAUCAAUAUGCAACCAGUAUAAAGACAAGCGGGGGUGGCGGUGGCAGUGGCAUUGCUGCUAAUGCUCCUGUUAAUGUGGGAAAUAUUGGUGCCGGUGGAGGAUACGAUAGAAGCAGUUCACAUUUGUCCAAGUACGAUGACGAUGACAACGAUGAAGUAUAUAGUGAUGGAGAUCUUUACAUACAAAGAUUAUCAUCGUACAUUAAGAAAAACGAAGAAGCUCUUGCCAAUGGUCUACUUUGCUUCAGUAAGAAUGCCAAUCAUAAACAUGUCGCUAUGAUAAAACCACUGAGACUAACUUUUACUAUCCAUCAUUUAUAUUUUUUGCUUGAUAAACUCGACCAGUCGUCGCUUGAUGUUGAUGUUGGGCCAUUAAAUGCAAAGUUGGAUAUCAAUCCAAAUCACGAACCUACAUUUAUUUCCUUUAUGGCCAAUAAUGCAAGAGGCUCAAAGCAUUUUGAUAGUGACACGAGGUCCAUUACAUCUAUUAAUUCCAUGAGAUCGAUUGUUUCCAGCGCUUCUGCUUACUGGAGAUCGUUUGCUAUUAGCAACGACCCUAAAACAAUCAAAAAGGAUUUAAAGUAUCUAUACUCGUCAUUUACAAAGAUCCCCUGUUUGAUAUUAACGCCAAAGACUAAAGUGAAUAGCAUUGUUGGAUAUGAGGAGUAUCCAUGUGAUACUUCGGUGCCUAUAAAGAUUUUCAAAAAUUUACAAGUAUUAGAAUUAGUUGAGUAUGAGCCAAACGAGAUAUUUGGAUGGCAUAUUUUGAGUGAGCAACUACGAAUAUUGAUUAUCAAACAGUGCAAAGUUACUGAUUUAGCUGAGAUUUUGUUUUCUUUUGUUUUAGAGGAUGAAAACGGGAGAUCAAAUGACGAUAAUAAUAAUAAUAAUAAUAACAAUAAUGAUACCACUACUACUACCAGCAAGAAAAGAGAUUUAUGCUAUACUUAUUCUUCAACAGGAGCAGGCUCCCUAACAACACUUGAAGAAGAUAAAAGCUACAAUACGUUAUCCGAAAAGAAAUGGUCAGUAUUGAAACAAUUAACCGUAUCAGAAACUUCAAUAAGUCGAAUUCCUAGAUACAUUUUUAAGCCAUUAGUGAAUUUAGUUAAACUCAAUUUAUCUAAGAACUUGCUAGAGGAGAUACCUCCAGGAUUGGACCAAUUAGUAAGUGUGAAAUAUCUAAACUUUGCCGAUAAUUUCAUUGUAGAUCUAAAGAAUUUGCCAAACAACCUUACCCAUUUGUUGACAUUAAACUUGAAUAAUAACAAGCUAAUCAAUUUGGAAGGUUUGGAAAAUAUCCCUUCGUUGGAAAAAAUCGAUUUGAGGAGAAAUAAUCUUUCAGAUAUAGAAGCACUUAAGCCGGUAGUGAUGUUAUUUAAAAAGGAUCCAGUUAAACUAAACAAUAUUUACUUAUCCACAAACAAACUAAACAAGAACUACCGGAUCCAGUUGUUCAAUUUGUUCAAUGGCGUCAAGUACAAAAACACAAUCAAAAUUGAUGAUUCUCGACCUGGUUACUUUGAAAAAGCAAUGCUUUUAGAUCAAGAAGGCGCAUCUAAAUGUUUGCAGGAAUUCUUCCAUGGUCACAAGAGAAACAAUUCAGCACUGACUUUGACGAAUGAGGAGGAGGCGACUUCAAAUGCAACGUUGGUAUCCAAUAGUCCAGUUUCCAAACAAGAAGAAAAUAUUGCUACCUUGCGAGACCUUCAACUAGACUCCAAUUCACCGGGUAGUCCAAGUCCAUCAACUACACAGCCACUUGGCGGUAGAAUUGAAAAUGUUUGGCAGGAGGCAUAUGUCAAAGCUCGCAAGAUUGUCGAGAAAAUGUCAAUUACCGAGAAAGUGAACCUUACAACAGGUACAGGUUGGGGAUCCGGUCCUUGCGUUGGGAAUACAGGUUCUGUACCCAGAUUAGGUAUUCCAAAUUUAUGUUUGCAAGAUGGACCAAACGGCGUUAGAUUUACCGAUUUUGUUACUCACUUCCCCUGUGGCUUAGCGACUGCUGCAACUUUUAACAAAGGCUUAACUUACCUCCGCGGCAAAGCAAUUGGCAAGGAGCACAGGAAAAAAGGAGUCCAUGUUGCAUUGGGUCCCGUGAUUGGCCCUAUUGGUUUGAAAGCACAAGGUGGCCGCAAUUGGGAGAGUUUUGGUAGCGAUCCUUACUUACAAGGUGUAUGUGGAGCAUCAACAGUAGAAGGUAUGCAAGCAGAAGGAGUUGUUGCUCUGGUUCGACAUUUGAUAGCAAAUGAACAAGAACAUUUCCGUCAAGUUGGUGAAUGGGAUGAGAAUGGUUGGGAUAAAUUGCAAUGUUCUAUCAGCUCUAAUGUUGGCGAUCGAGCGAUGCAUGAGGUUUAUCUUUGGCCUUUUGCUAAUGUUGUACGUGCUGGCGUAGGGAGUGUAAUGUGUGCUUAUAAUCAAGUCAAUAACACUAAUUGUUGCGAAAAUUCAUAUUUGAUCAAUUAUCUAUUAAAAGAAGAAUUAGCUUUCCAAGGUUUCGUUGUAAGUGAUUGGGGUGCGCAACACACUGGAGUGAAUUCUGCCUUGGCUGGAUUGGAUAUGACUAUGCCGGGAGAGGUAUUUGAUGAUUGGCUAACUGGGAAGUCGUUUUGGGGUGCACUAUUAACAAGAGCAGUUUAUAAUCAUACAGUGAGCCAAGAAAGACUUAAUGAUAUGUGUAUUCGAAUCUUGGCUCCAUUCUUUGCAAUUGAAGGUGUUAAAUUACCCACAGAGGAAGAUAUUCCUAAUUUUAGCUCGUGGACUCAUCAUACUUAUGGACAAGAGCUUCCUUAUCAACAUUAUGGUCCUAUAAUACAAAAAAAUUGGCAUAUUGAUGCAAGAUCGGAAUUCAGUGAUAACACGGCAUUAACAGUUGCAAGAGAGUCAAUAAUUUUGUUGAAGAAUACCGAUCAUCAUUUGCCCAUUGAUAAGUCUGACGGAGUUCGGAGAAUCUUUAUUGCAGGAAAAGGAGCUGGACCUGACCCCAAUGGUUGUAAUUGUAAAGAUCAAAGAUGUGUUGAUGGGGUAUUGACAAGUGGAUGGGGUUCAGCUGCGGUGAAUAAUCCAACGGUAAUUUAUCCCUACGAAGCUAUUAGUCAAAAAGCAAGAGAUCGAGGUAUAGUUGUUGAUUAUACGGCCAAUAACUGGGAUUUGGAGAAUGCGGGCGACUUGGCCGAUUAUGCUGAUAUUUCAAUUGUUUUUGUUAAUACCUUCUCAGGAGAAGGUUAUAUCUACAUUGAUAACAAUUAUGGAGAUAGACAAAACUUGUCAUUAUGGCAUAACGGAGAUGAGUUGAUUGAGAAAGUGGCCGAUAGCUGCCACAAGACUGUUGUUGUUAUUACCUCUACAGGUCCAGUCAAUAUGGAGAAGUGGAUUGAACAUGAAAACGUUGUUGCUGUUUUAUUCGCAGCGCCCUUGGGUCAGUUUGUUGGACAGGCCAUAGCUGAUGUUUUAUUUGGAGACACGAACCCUUCAGGUAAGUUACCAUUUACCAUUGCUAGAAAAAAGCAGCAUUAUGUUCCCAUCAUUGAUGACUUGGGGGGCGAAACACAUCCUCAGGAUAACUUUGAUCGUGAUAUCUACUUGGACUAUCGAUUUUUUGACAAGCAUAAUAUUAAACCCAGGUAUGAAUUUGGAUUUGGAUUAUCCUAUACAACUUUUAAAGUUACAAAUCUUAGAAUCACCGAAAUCAAUCCCCCCUCAGAAUAUUUGCCGUAUCCCCUGGACUAUCUACCGAUAACCAAGAUGGUUGAAGAUGAUGUCUGUGAUCCUGAAGAUGCUUUAUUCCCCCAUGACGAGUUUGAUCCUGCACCAGGCUAUAUUUACCCAUUCCUUUACAAUGAUAAUAUCUUCUCUGUUGAUGAUGACGAUACUUAUGAAUACCCUCAUGGCUAUGAUCCGGAUCAGAGUACAUGUCCGCCAUUAAAUUCGGGUGGUUUAGGCGGUAAUCCAGCAUUAUGGGAAAUUCUAUAUGAGGUAAGUGCCGAAGUUAAGAAUGAAGGUAAAGUAAAAGGCGGUUAUGUUUGUCAGUUGUACAUUGAGUUACCCAGCACUAUAUUGCCCUCACCCCCUAAGGUGCUCAGAGGAUUUGAGAAAGUAUUUUUAGAACCAGGUAAACUGACCAAGAUAUAUUUCAAUUUAUUGCAUAGAGAUUUAAGUGUUUGGGACCCAGAGUCACAGCAAUGGAUUAUACAAACGGGUACAUACAAAAUAUACUUAGCUUCAAGUAGCAGGAAAGUUGAACUUUGUGGAGAAAUUGAUAUUGGAUGUUGA